AUGAAGUUGGAUUUGCUUACCGAUUUGGAUGAGAAGAGCCAAAGCAUGGAUGACAAGAUGAAGAACAAAACUCAAACAGUUGAUUCUGGUAUGGCAAGUAAAAGAAACCACAAUGGGGAGAAGUUGUCCACUGAGCUGCAGAUGAAUGAGAAAAUUGACUCGGACGCAUUGAAACAUAUGCAAUCCAAUUCAAAACUUGUCGGUCCUUUACCUAAGAAGAAAGGAAAGGCUAGCAAAACUAGUCUAUCUCAGUCUUUACCGCUUCAGGGUCUGAAAAGUGAAGCUAAGAAUGGAAAACCAUCUCAUUCAGUUUCAGUAGAAAAAUCUUUGAACAAGCUUAACGCGGCAGCACUGGCAGAAGAGGUGCAUGGCAAAAAGCGAAGAGGAUGUGGUUGCAAAAGUACUAAUUAUGAGAUUCCACAAGUACAGAAGAAAGCAGCUGAGGCCAUCAUAAAUCAGAAAUUCAUUGAUGAAAAGUACAUCAGGGCAGAUGGGGUGAACUACCAGUCUAGACAACUAUCAGAUGCAUUAGAGAUUUUGAAUUCUAAUAAAGAAUUAUUCAUAAAGCUCCUACAGGACCCGAAUUCUCUUCUAGCAAAACGUAUUGAAGACCUCAGAGAGUCUCAGGCAGUAAAACAUCAGAUUAAGUCUCCCUCUGACGAUGAUUCCCAUUUUUCAGACAGAAUAGUAGUUCUGAAACCGGGUCCAAAUAACAUGCAAAGUGCUGAAGACAAUGUCAAUUGUUCCUCUCUGCAAUCUUCUUACAGCUUGAGAAAUAACCGUCAGAGUGAAAUGCCUGCAAAUUUUUCUUUUAGUCAGAUAAAGAAGAAGUUGAGACAUGCUAUAGGGGUAAGCAGAAAAGAGCAAUACUCUAAGCCAAUGGAUAAUACAUUACAUAAAUCUCCCUUCGAAGGCUCAAAAGAGGAGUGUAAAGGAAAAGGUGUUGAGAUCAUUAGAAGAAAUUCACCUGGUGGAGGAAUGAUACUAUCUCCUCUUGACAUCAAGAAAAGAGACAACAUAAGCUGGGGGAGAGAAUGUGGAUCACAUAUUCAGUGUGAAACUGCAUCAACCAGUGGAAGUGAUCUUGGGAACUCAAACAUUUCGGUUGGUCACCAUCCUAGGCGAAAGGAAUCUGAAAGUUCUUUGGAGGCUAGGUUGUUGGAAUUGUUAAAUAAUGGAAACAAGGAUAGAAGCCAUGAAAAGCAGGAUCAGAAAACCCUGGAGAGGGUGAUAUCAUUUCCUGAGUACGACUUCUUACCUACACGUAGUCCUGUAGGACUUUCACCCUACAGCAAUCACCAACUGUUAUAUGAGAACAAGUGGAGGCUUCAGAAAGAAAAGAUCAGCUGCUCAAGUCCUACAGAGAAUAAACACACCCUGCACCAAGGAGAAACCAAUUCUUUAGAAGUACCCUCUGAAUCAGAAAGCGCUUGCAGAACUGGUACUAUGAAAACUGUCCACCGUGGAGAAACUAAUUCUUCGGAAGGUCUAAGAACAUCCGAUUGCAUUGAAAAGUCUAUUACCAUGGACACUAAUGAUACCAUAUACCAAAGAGAAACUGACCCUGCAGAGACAGUGUCUGAACUAAAUUGCAAAGACAAGGCUCUUGAUUGGAGUACAGAUAAAGCAAAUAUGUUCGAGGAAGAUGAAUAUUUUAAGACCUCCAUACAGGAGCAGCCAUCUACAUCUUCACCUGAUGUUUUCCAGUCACCUCCACGAAUUGAGAGAGUCGAAGAUUCUGCUAGCAUCGAAGAUAAAGGAGAGCACCCAAGUCCAGUAUCUGUACUCGAGCAUUUUUUUGUAGAUGCCAUAUCUGAACCUGCUGAAGAGCACCAUUCUGCUCCUCUCAUGAGGUCCCCCGCGGACCCUGACACUAGUUCCUCUUCUUUGAAUGAACAUGAAUUGAUCUCCAAGUAUAUUCAGGCAGUUCUGCAAGCUGCAAGCUUAGAUUGGGAUGAAAUUUCAAUGAUGUGCGACUCAACAGACCAACUGCUUGACCCGUUCUUGUUUGACACAGUAAAGCUGCAGGCAAACCAGCUCCAUUGUGAUUGCAUGCUCCUCUUUGACUGUAUAGAUGAAGUCCUUGUGGAUGUAUACCGCAGUGAUCUACGAUAUUUCCCUUGGCUGUCAUUUAUCAAGCCAAAUGUUCGACAACUUCCAAUUGAGGAAACUGUGAUCAGUAAGGUGAUGAAGUACGUUGAGUGGCACAACUCACUUCAUCCAACACCCCGGACAAUGCAGCAGGUUGUUGAGAUGGAUAUGGCACGGUCUGGUACAUGGAUAGAUAUUCGGAAGGAUGCUGAGGAUGUCAUUUUUCAGAUGGUAGAAGAUGUUUUAGAAGAGCUGAUAAUAGAAACCAUAGUUUAGCAGCUGCUGCACUGGACCAAGGGAAUUAGUUGAGCAUCAGUAAACAACCGGAUGUUAAGUUAUACUUGAAAUGCCUUCGGAUUCCUUAAGCAGAUCAAGCAAACACAGUUUCACCACAACAUGGGGAGAUGAUCAUAUCUUUACGGCCAAAUGUACAUAUGAUCCCUUUGCAGCUCUGCGGUACACACCCAUGAAUCAUUACAAGGCUCAAGUGUCCUGUAUAUUGUGUAUAGUUUAUAUAUAUAAUAUAUUAAGCUUGUUAGAGGUACUAAACUUUUUAGCUUUACAGAAAGAUCUUACUGGGGUCAGUUCUAUAUGUUUGGAUAGCUUGAAUCUGCUGUGCACUUGUUUCUUGUUGCCCCACAAAUCCAAUUUACAGUUAAAGAAAAGGAAUAAUAUUACAGG